CUUGUCGGCGUGCAAACAUGGCCUCCCCGAGGACGAUAACCAUCGUGGCGCUCUCCUUCGCCCUCGGCUUGUUCUUCGUCUUCAUGGGGACCAUCAAACUGACGCCGAGGCUCAGCAAAGACGCGUACAGCGAGAUGAAACGGGCGUACAAGAGCUACGCCAAAGCUUUGCCGGGCCUGAAAAAGAUGGGCGUCACCUCGGUGCUUCUCCGCAAGAUCAUCGGCUCCCUGGAGGUGGCCUGCGGCGCCGUCCUGACGCUGGUCCCGGGCCGGCCCAAGGACGUGGCCAACUUCGUGCUGCUGCUGGUCACGCUGGCCGUGCUGUUCUUCCACCAGCUGGUGGGCGACCCCCUCAAGCGCUACGCCCACGCGCUGGUCUUCGGCAUCCUGCUCACCUGCCGGCUGCUCGUCGCCCGGCAGGGCGACGAGCGGCCGGAGAGGGAGGAGAGCGGGGAGGAGCGCCAGCCGCAGCAUCAGCAGCACGUCAACGACCAGGAGAAGAACAAGGUCAAGCAGUCUUAAAAGCAAUUUCUUUUGGGGGUCCCCCGCAGCUGCAACCAAGGGAAUCGUUGAUAUUUUGAACACAAAUACAUUGAAGUGGCGGCCACUCAUCACCCCGACGUGACUGUGAACAAUCAUCGCUGUGGACACGAGCUCGUGUCAUUGUCUUGUCCCAUUGCUAAACUAACAGACAAUACGGUGUUCCCUCGCUACAUCGCGGUUCAUCAUUCACGUCCCCACUCCGUAAUUUUUUUUCCUUUUUUUUUUUUUAAAAUGGUUUCUUAAAGUACACUGUAAAGUGGUACCUUAAUGUAGUGCCCCAAUUUGCGAGUUUUUCGGGUUACCACCCGUCGCUCGGUCGAUUUCUUGCAUCAUAUACUCUGCUGUUCCAAAAAAGUGACCCCCCUCACCCCCCCCCCCCCAAAAAAAAAAAUGGCACUAUUAAUGAAUUCACUGCCAGCUGUUUUCCAAGCAGAACCUACCAUAUUGCCAGCCAGUUUGGAGCAUUCGGACUGAACUUUCAAGACCCACAACAUAUUGUGUUCCGUAACAAGCAUCAAACCGACCGACCAAAUGAAUCGAAUCUCUGAUUUCACCAGAGGAAAAAAAAAUGGACCUUUUUACAUUUCUGUAGUGGUAAUUUCUAACCAAAAAGCUGAAAAAAGAGCUUUUUGUGAAACCAAACGUGUCAAGCAAAACAGUGACUUUGCCGCUCAUGUAUUUUUGCUUUUGUGACACCACAAAUGAUCAAACAACAAAAACAAGACCGAGAAAGAGCUUGUGAUGGCAAAAUAAUCUUUUAUUUACUGAUGUAAAACCCCGCGAAAGCUCUUACUCACGGCAUGGCUCGUGGCUUUUCCGCAUGCCUUUUCCACUCCACUUUCUGCUACCUACUGCAACACAGACUGUUGCUAGCUUACAGAAGCAUGUUUGAGGUGCCUAAACAUGUCCGACUUUCAACACGUUGGCGUUUCUCUCCCUCCUAAUUGACGUGACAAGCUGAGAUUCACCCCCGAAUCAUCAUCAUCUCAUCUCAAAUUCAAAGUGAUGCAAUUCUGGCAUCUGUUAAGUCAUCACAGUGGUUUGCAAACCUGAAUUUAACGGCCACGCCGGUCGAGACCGUCUUCCACGGCUUCCCCGUUGAAAAACGUACUUGACGAAUAUAUUCGUCGGUGGCAGUAAACGGUUGGAUUCCAGUUGAUGAAUAUCAACGUCGAAGGUAGUGAAGGAGUUCGGGCGUGUGGGCAAGAAGAGCCACAGUCGCCGAUUCAAACAGUCAAAGGCGCAAACGCAUAACGAGAACACUUGGAAGGAGCAACUCCGACUCUUGAUGUCACUCAAAACAAAUGCGCAAGCAUAAAAAACGUUUCGAAAACGUUGGUUCUAUCUGCACGAUGGCGAGACCGUGAUACGUGAACUUUGAUCUAGCUGGGGAUUACUGUUAACUCACAAAUGUACUUUUUCAGUGUGAAAUUUGGAAGAAUUUACGAAGCGAUUCUGUUCUAUGACUGGCAACUGCGGUUGGGAAUCGUUGAAUGACAGCUCGUUUCUUUCAGUGGACAUUUUAGCUCGUGAAAGGAUUUUCCGAAAUAAACGUGAAAUCGUUCGUUUACAUAUCCACACCAUCCGAUGCAGUAUUCAAGGAAUAUCUUUAGAAUUCUACAUAAACCUUUGGCUCAUUAUUCUUUCCCCCCUUUUUGUAUUUACAGAACUGCAUGUUCCCAAUGUGAAUGAUCCAGAACAUCCUGUCUUUUAUGUAUUAUCAGUUACAAAUGGAAUUUUGUGAGUUGUAUGUGUUUGUUCUCUGUAAGAGGAGUCGAGUACUCUGUCGGGAUUUGUGUUUGCUGGGCCUGAGAAUUUGUUUUGAAAUGGCUUUUCGACUUUCUCUAACAUGCGCAAAUAAAGACCCCGAUUAAAUAGUUUUUCUUCA